CUUGUCACAUCAGAUGAACCAGUUCAACAAGAUACAGAACUUCAGCUUGUCACAUCAGAUGAACCAGUUCAAAAGGAUAUAGAUCUACAGCUUAUCACAUCAGAUGAACCUGUUCAAAAGGAUACAGAUCUACAGCUUGUCACAUCAGAUGAACCAGUUCAACAAGAUAAACAUCUACAACUUUUCACAUUAGAUAAACCAGUUCAAAAGGAUACAGAUCUACAGCUUGUGACAUCAGAUGAAGCAGUUCAACAAGAUACAGAUCUACAGCUUGUCACAUCAGAUGAACCAGUUCAAAAGGAUACAGAUCUACGGCUUGUCACAUCAGAUGAAGCAGUCCAACAAGAUAAAGAACUUCAGCUUGUCACAUCAGAUGAACCAGUCCAACAAGAUAAAGAACUUCAGCUUGUCACAUCAGAUGAACCAGUUCAAAAGGAUACAGAUCUACAGCUUGUCACAUCAGUUGAAACAAUUCAACAAGAUAAAGAACUUCAGCUUGUCACAUCAGAUGAACCAGUUCAAACGGAUACAGAACUUCAGCUUGUCACAUCAGAUGAACCAGUUCAACAAGAUACAGAU